AGUCCAUGCUGAUCAAUUCUUAUUAACCAGAUAAUUAAAAAAUUGUGAGAAACUGAUAGGGCAAGUAUGUAAAAAUGUUCCUUUUCGUGUUAGUUAGUAGGUUGGUGACAGUUUAAAUCCGUGAAGAUGGCAAGGGAGAGACCAUAUCCAUUCAAAACCAAUUCCAAAAAUCAAAAAAUUAUUUUCUGUGGUUUUUUAUUUAUAUAUCCCCCUAAGUUUCUGCACGUGAAAUCCCAAUAAUUUCUCAUGUAAAAGUGGGGUCGUCAGCCAACUCCUCCUUUUGUUGUCAUGCCAAACUCCAACUCCUAAGAAUCUCGUCUCCCUCUAAACCAUUUCUUUCUCUCCACUUUCCUUAAUUUCACUCUCCACAUUUUCACUCUUCUCUCAUCUCUCCCAGGGAACAAAACAAUGGUGCUUCUCCUCAUUCUUGUUGCCCUCAGUUGCUUCAAUGGGGUCUUCAGUCUCGCUCAGAAGGAGCUUCUCUCGCUCAAACGCCUCACAACGACGCCUGUCCCUGCCCGAUUCUCGCAUACACCAAAGGAUGGUGCAACCAUACUAGAAAUGAAGCACAUCAAACACCUCCAAAAAGGGCUGACUCUUGAUGUGGUUCGAGUCGAAUCCAUACAAUCCCGAAUCAAGAACGUCGUCUCUGGUCACGUAGAAUCAUCACAAGCCCAUGUUCCUAUCAGUUCGGGCAUCCAGCUUCAGACAUUAAACUACAUUGUGAUAGUAACAUUAGGCAUCCGGAACUUAACUGUGAUUGUGGACACAGGAAGUGACCUCUCUUGGGUGCAAUGCCAGCCCUGUAGGCUGUGCUACACUCAGCCGGAGCCCCUCUUCAACCCGUUGGUGUCUCCCUCGUACAGAUCGGUGCAGUGCAACUCGCAGCCCUGCCAUACUCUGCAGUCCAACACAGGAAACUCAGGGUUAUGUGGGAACAAUGAACCUAAGUGCAACUAUGCAGUAACAUAUGGCGAUGGAUCAUAUACCCGUGGGGAGCUAGGCAGAGACCGGCUCACUCUUGGAACGACUCCAGUCGAGAAUUUCGUGUUUGGAUGUGGAAGAAACAACAGGGGUUUAUUUGGUGCAGCUUCUGGCCUGUUGGGACUAGGCAGGAAUGAUCUCUCACUCAUUUCUCAAACUAGUGAUGUAUUUGGAGGAGUUUUCUCCUACUGUUUGCCUGAUUCGGAUUCUGGAACAUCGGGCUCGCUAAUACUAGGAAACGAUACAUUAAUUUUCCAGAACACAACACCUGUUUCUUACACGAGGCUCAUUCCGAAUCCUCAGCUAUACAGCUUCUACAUUCUGAACAUGACAGGAGCUAGUGUGGGAGGGGUGCCUCUGCAGUCCCCAAGUUUUGGGGGGAACGGGGUCUUGAUCGACUCAGGGACCGUGAUCACAAGGCUGCCCCCAUCUGUCUACACAUCUGUCAAGGCUGAGUUCUUGAGACAAUUCACUGGGUAUCCCUCAGCACCGAGCUUUUCAAUUCUCGACACCUGCUUCAACCUGUCAGCAUAUGAGGAGGUCAACAUACCUACACUUAAGAUGCAAUUCGAAGGAGAUGCAGAGAUGAGUGUGGAUGUAACCGGGAUGUUUUACUUCGCUAAGAGGGACGCGUCUCAGGUGUGCUUGGCGCUUGCAAGCCUCGCCUAUGAAGACCAGAUUGGGAUCAUAGGAAACUAUCAGCAGAGGAACACAAGAGUAAUAUAUGAUACCAAGCAGAUGCAAGUGGGAUUUGCGAAGGAAGUUUGCAGUUUCAGUUAAGACACAGAAAUGAGUGAUGAUUUGUAUGUGUGAUUCACAAAAUUCAUUGGCAAAGCCAAAUGAAUAUGAACACAUACAGAAAGGUUUGAUUUCCUAGAUUUGAUUCAGCAAUUUGAAUUUGUUGUAUGAGUGGUAUAGAAUAUUGAUGUAGUCUUAUUUUUUGUGCUUAAUGUCCAAAUACAAUACUCCCACACAAGGUAUGAUAAGUCAAGAACUUCUAUGUAUA